AUGCCGUUGUCACCGUUGCCCCUCCUCCUUCUCUUGAUGCUCAUUCCAAUGACUGCAUCAGCGACAGUCGAGGCUCUCAACCAAACUCGACUUCAUGACCUAGAGCCCGGCCCUCCGACGGACUUGCUCAUUGACCUCGAGGUGAGGCGACUGCGCCUGCGUUGUCCUCCUACACACGCCACUUGGUUCUUACCACAGACCCUGACGCACAGCUUGCAGGCCACGCGAGUGAAGCUUUCACCGGACCCGGCCUCUUCCAAUUACCUAGAUGUGAGUUUUUCUGCCACCGAGGCGGCAGCCGACCGUGCAGCAUUGCGAGGUCAGUACACUUGUUGUCCCUAUGAUCGCCUCACCCUCCGACACCUCUCCUCCAGUUCCUCCCGAGGCCGACUCUAUCGUCUGAAGACACCAGCCUGCUGUCCCUGUUGUCCCUGGCCUGAGGAAGAAUCCUGCAACCAACUUCCGUGGAAUGAUUCUGUUUUGUUUUCCUCUGGCCCCUCUUGUCUGCAUGUCUUUGUCUACACCGGUGUGGUGGAAAGUGUGAGCCAGCAGGUUAGUCCUCGCUGGGGAUCACGGUUCCUGUUUCCCUGUCCCCUGCCGGCCCCACCGCCUCCAACAGGUGAGAUCCCUCUAAAAAUCUACCGCCAGAUUGAGAAUAUUCCUGCUUCCAGAGAGCUGUGGUUCACUAGUCGGAACCACGCCAGUGGGCACUAUGACCCUCGGAUCGGUUUUUGUAGUCAUCAUCGCCAGUUAAAGCAUUACUUCAUGAUUCACGUAUGUGAAUAUGCGCCCAGUUCGGGCGGACUGAGGCGUAUCCUCAAAGUGAGACCACCUCCUGCACCACCGUCCCUUCCGCCAACAGUGAGGCUGCUACUUGGCGACCAAUCUCGCCAUUCCCCGUUGACUGAAGUUCCAAGGCUGAAGAGCGAACAGGAGAUUCCCACCUUUCGAACAACGUUGGGAAGUAAAGUAGCUGUUCUGUGUGAAGCCAGUUACACGACCAUGGUCAUAAUUCAGCAACCUCCGCGAAUUUGUUUCCGUUGGCGCUUAGUUGAGAACGGCACAGACGCUGACUGGCUUCCAAUUGAGUGCCUUCAGAUGAGACCAUCGUCCGGACGGCGGUCAGUAUACGCACAGCACCGCCACCAUUUCACUGUUCGUCGGCCUGCCAGUGUGGUGGAAUGUGAAGUUACCGAAAUUAGUAGGGCCACGGAUUCUCAACGUGCCAUUGUCCGACUAGAGGCAACAAAUGCCACCGAGAAGACACUUCGAAUAAUCACUUCACUGUUCCAUGAAAAUGAAACCAACUACAAGAUAUUUCACGAAAUGACUGACGAAAACUUGACGACCACGCUUUUUGUUCACGACACUAGUCGGCCUGAAAUCUCCCUCUACUUCUUCAGCUAUAACGAAAUUGGCACCAUCGCAGCCUGCUACGAUCCCUUCCCGAGUGGAAAUGAGACGGUCACUCAUCUUUCUCGGAACAUAGAUCGAUGGGUCUGUGCUGUUAAAAUCCCACCGGGGACGCAAAAUGUACUUAUUACGCUCCAGCAGGGGAAUGUGCGGAGUAAUGUGUCAAUUUACACGUCGCCCCAGUAUCAUGUCAGCGGCCUCCAUGGGUUUUUAGAUUAUCCUUACAAUCUGUCCUGUGUUCAGCACGCCGUCAGCUCUAGGAAGAUUGCGCAACUGUUCGCCCAGAGCUUGGCUUCCAUACGCUGGCUUGUCUUCGCUGAUGGGAUACUUCUUCUCAAUCAGUCACGGAGUAACUCUUCAGUCAGCCUUAUGCUACCCCCAUUUGUGAAUCGUUCAUCCCUGUCUCAGGCUCCACUACUUUCUCAUACGACAGGGCAAACCACUUUUUUAGGUUCUGACAUCGAGAAGCAACGAGACGUAGACUAUAUACUUGGAGAACUGAAUCGUAUUCGUUUGCCAGAUUGGCAGGCUCCUCCACGUAAUGUCUGCGUCUCCUGUGAGGCUCAACAUACAGUCGGGAUCAGUCGGAGCCCUCUGGCUUGCCAGAGUUUGGACCUUAGUGAAGAUUUCUUUGCCUACCCUUUGUCCUCUUCUUCGUCCACUGAUACUGACACUCUCACAACACGAAAAUCUCCCUCCUCGUUCAAAUCGAUGAGCAUCCCCGGACCUGACGACAGCAUUUCUUUUAGCGUUACGGCCGCAUUUCCUGCCCACCCACCAAUCUCUAAGGCUAAUUUUACCGAGCUGACAGUGUUUAAUGGAAGCAGGUUGGGACUACGGUGUGCAAUUAGCCUCACAAAGGACAAAACUGCAUCUCUUCCUCUCUGGCCACUGAUUCUACACUUUGCCAAUGAGACCGUACCCCACGCUCGUCUGCCUUUCGGAAAACUUGAAUUUUUUGCCCGUCCUCUAUCUCUUGAGGUCUACCUAAGUACUGAGGUCAACAAUGCAACGACUCCUGGUGUGUACAGUUGCAUUUCGAGCAGCACGAACCCUCGGGAGAUCAACCCACAGGGACUGAGUCUGAAAACCAAGCCUAAUGCGGCGCCCUUUAUUAUGGAACCCAACCUUCCGGUGCGUUAUUUCAUGCCCGGUGAAGUAAUCCGGCUUGUCUGCCGUGCCACUGGGAUGCCGCCGCCGCUACUUGUCUGGAGGAUGAUCGCCCAGGGCUCAGCUCUGAAGACUUCAAACGAGACUCAGGUUUUACGGCAGUGUGAAGGAAAAAUUGACUCGACCGGACUUUUAGUCGCUGCCGACAAUCAGGCACCGUCCACUACUGUCUGCAACCUAGUCCUUGAACCGCCAAACUCGACGCAGAACGUUACCGUGCAGUGUGUGGCUGUGAAUUUGGUCGGUGAGGCCAAGUCAAGCCUCUCGCUAGUUGUUGUUCUUGGCUCGGCCUCUUCUAAGUACUCUCAAAUGUUCCAUCGAGUCGUACGGAGUUAUGCCUUCUGGAUCACUUUCCCGUUGGUAUUCUGCCUCUGUCUGUUCAUCGGCCUCGCCACCUGUAUUUAUAAAAAGAGCCGGAAAAUAGCAAUUGCGGAAAAGCUAAUACAAAUGGACAACUUGCUCUAUGCAAGACCGACAAAGUCUCAACUUUUGGAGAUUUCAAGUGCAUCCUAUUCUUCCAACCAGCUUUUCAUUAGGCAGUUAAUGCCGACAGAAGAAAUGAGAAAAAAGUGGUGCCUUGACAGAAGGAAUUUAAAAGGACUUUCCAAGCCGCUGGGAACGGGCCAUUAUGGUACCGUCCUUAAGGGGGUCUACAUCUCACCAGACCACAAGGAUAAAAAGUCACCCGCGGAUUCCUUUUUUGUUGCCGUAAAAACUCCCUCUGCUGAGCUGAGCAGUCUGACUUGCUUCAGAAAUGAACUCCUCCAUCUGAUGAAGCUAUCCGGAGGGCCGAAUAUUGUCAGUCUGAUUGGCUGCAUCGUUGGUGUUAGAGAGGACAUGAGUGAUUCCCUCCUUCUCAUGGAGUUUUGCCCAAACACAAGCCUGAGCGAGUAUUUAGUGCAAGUGUUUCACCCGAGGCCCUACCAAGCCAACCUUGCUCGCACCUUUCAGAGCGCAGAAGGUACCUCCAACACUCUGAGCACUCGCCUUUCCUCAACCACCUUUCCGUACGAGGCCUUCUCAGGAAAUACCUCCAGCGGUGGGUACGUUUCAGUCAUUCAGCCCCAACCAUCCGGCUGUUACACAUGGAGAGCCCUCUACCGCGACCAUGGUUUGAUGUCUUCCAGACAUCGACGUGCGCGAACUGGCAACUCCUUUGUCUACCAGCGCAUUGAUGGUGACUAUAGUACCUUCCUUAUGGGUAUAGCGCAAGGUAUUGCCCGAGGUCUGGAGUUUCUCAGCCAGAAUUUUGUCAUUCAUCGCGACAUUGCCACACGAAAUGUCCUCCUUGAUAGUCGUCAGGUGCCUAAGAUUUGCGAUUUCGGGUUAGCCGUCACAGUAGGAGGUGAGUCUUCGGCCACUGAUGGAACAAACUUAUCCUCCGAACCAGGCGCAGGUUGUUACCGUAUCAUUACCUUUGCUAAGCAGCUGCCCUUUCGCAUACUUCCACCGGAGGCACUGUCUAAUCAAAUGUUUUACCUGACCUCCGAUGUCUGGGAAUUUGGACUUUUGCUCUGGCAAAUGUUCUUUCUUGAGACCCGAAAGCCUUUUGAAAGCGUACAGACCUCAGAAGCCCUUCUCCGCCUUCUUACUUCCACAACUCGACUCUGUCCAGAAAAACCACCAAUCUCCCCACCUUCCUCACCUCCAACUCUAGAUCGUCCGCCGGCAGUUUCUUCCGCAUUAUGGACACUGAUGUGUGACUGCUGGCAUCUGGAGCCCACUCGAAGGCCCUCAGCCACGGAGGUACGACAGCGAGUCGAUGACUGUAUUGCUCUUCUAGAAUCGGGUUACACACCAAGCGAGCAGCUCGAUAACAACAGCGAUUCGGUCAGCUACCAGAUUCUCCGACGGCCCAGCGCGACUUCUGAGAUGCGCGAAAUGGCUUGUGGAGACCUUUCUGCUGAUUGUCUUCGUACUCCACCCCAGCCCCGCAACUAUGAAAACGUUGUUCCACUGAAUGUCGAUGAUGAAUAUCUGGAAGCCAGGGAGUCUCUCUGUCCUAUGUGA